AGCUGUCAGGUGGAGUGACAUUGGUUAAGUCCUAUACAGUGAAAUGAGUGCCGGGAUCGGGCGUCUGGUGUCUGCAGGAGUUUUUGAAGUGUCUCGCAGGUUGCGAGUCCGUAGUUUAUACGGCAGAGCUGUGCUGCGAGAGUGUGCAGGUAGGAGCAUCACUACCCAUAUCUGCCAGUCUUGGAGAUGGAAUCCAUGUUUAUCUUCCGUCUUUUGUAAACCACCAAAAGGUUUUGAAAAAUACUUUCAGAAGAAUGAGAAGGAUUCAGGUUCUGGGAAAGCGAGUCCUGAAGGAACUGGUAAUGCAAAGGAGGAAGAGACAAAAAAAACUAGUGGGGGCCACAAUAACAGGAGAGAUGGAAAUAAAGAGGAGUCUGCAUGGUGGCGUAGACUUCAGAAGGGUGACUUCCCAUGGGAUGAUAAAGACUUCCGUAACUUAGCAAUUUUGGCUGCUGGGAUUGCCAGUGGAUUUUUAUUUUUUUAUCUACGAGACCCUGGCAGAGAAAUCAACUGGAAGGAAUUUGUGCACCUGUACUUGGCAAGGGGUGUGGUGGAUCGCCUUGAGGUUGUGAACAAGCAGUUUGUUAGAGUGAUCCCUACAGCAGGAACCACUUCCGAGAAAUAUGUGUGGUUUAACAUCGGCAGCGUAGACAGCUUUGAGCGCAACCUGGAGAAUGCACAAGAUGAGUUGGGUAUAGAACCAGCCCAGCGUGUGUCUGUCAUUUAUUCCUCUGAGAGUGAUGGAUCCUUCCUAAUGAGCUUAAUACCAACACUUCUGUUGGUAGGCUUCUUGCUCUUUAGUCUGCGUAGAGGUGCCAUGGGACCUGGCCGGGGUGGCAGAGGUGGGGGAUUAUUUGGUGUUGGAGAGACAACUGCAAAGAUGUUAAAAGGAAACAUUGAUGUAAAGUUCAAGGAUGUGGCUGGUUGUGAAGAAGCAAAGCUUGAGAUCAUGGAAUUUGUGAAUUUCCUCAAGAAUCCGAAACAAUAUCAGGAUUUAGGUGCCAAGAUCCCCAGGGGAGCAAUGCUUACAGGUCCUCCAGGUACUGGGAAGACUCUUCUUGCAAAGGCUACAGCAGGAGAAGCCAAUGUGCCAUUCAUUACUGUCAAUGGAUCUGAGUUCUUGGAGAUGUUUGUUGGAGUUGGGCCAGCAAGGGUACGGGACAUGUUUGCAAUGGCUAGAAAAAAUGCUCCUUGCAUCUUGUUUAUUGAUGAGAUUGAUGCAGUUGGCAGAAAGCGCGGAAGGGGAAACUUUGGUGGCCAGAGUGAGCAAGAGAAUACCCUAAACCAGCUCUUAGUGGAGAUGGAUGGCUUUAACUCAAGCACAAAUGUUGUCAUUCUUGCUGGCACGAAUCGUCCAGACAUCUUAGACCCCGCUCUUAUGAGACCCGGACGCUUUGAUCGUCAGAUUUAUAUAGGCCCCCCAGAUAUCAAAGGGAGAGCUUCCAUAUUUAAAGUUCACUUACGUCCCUUAAAGCUGGAUGAGAGUGUCAGUAAGGAGGCAUUGUCCCGAAAACUGGCAGCUUUAACUCCUGGAUUUACUGGUGCUGAUAUUGCCAAUGUUUGCAACGAGGCUGCCUUGAUUGCCGCACGAUACCUAAAAGAUUAUGUGGUGGAAAAGCACUUUGUACAAGCCAUUGAACGUGUUAUUGGAGGCCUAGAGAAAAAGACUCAGGUCCUACAACCUGAAGAGAAGAAGACAGUGGCUUAUCAUGAAGCUGGACAUGCUGUGGUUGGGUGGUACUUGCAGCAUGCUGACCCUCUGCUCAAGGUGUCCAUAAUUCCUCGGGGAAAGGGCUUAGGAUAUGCCCAGUACUUGCCAAAGGAGCAGUACUUGUAUACACGAGAGCAGUUGUUUGACCGCAUGUGUAUGAUGCUGGGGGGCCGUGUAUCAGAACAGCUGUUCUUUAGUCGCAUUACCACUGGGGCACAAGAUGAUUUAAAAAAAGUCACACAGAGUGCAUAUGCUCAGAUUGUGCAGUUUGGAAUGAGUGAAAAGCUGGGGCAGGUUUCCUUUGACCUUCCACGUCAGGGAGAAAUGCUUGCAGAGAAACCUUAUAGUGAGGCAACUGCAGAGCUUAUUGACCAGGAAGCCAGGAACCUUAUCAACUCUGCAUAUGAAAGGACCCUGGAGCUUCUUACAAGGUGCAAGGACCAAGUAGAGAAGGUAGCAAAGCGCUUGCUGGAAAAGGAAGUGCUGGAAAAAUCUGACAUGAUUGAGUUACUGGGUGCAAGACCUUUCCCUGAAAAAUCUUCAUAUGAAGAGUUUGUAGAGGGUACUGGAAGCUUGGAGGAGGACACCUCUCUCCCUGAGGGCCUAAAAGACUGGAAUCAAGAGAGAGAGGAUGAGCAGGAGCUCAAAAGACAGGAAAAUACCUCUUAAUCUUUAAGCUGGAAUCUGUUCAGAAGCACUCUGCAUAUGUGUGGUCAUCCCUUUUUAAAGGGCUGUGACUAUUCAAGGGACAACAUUUGUUCCUCCCCUUGAUCUUACCAGCAGUGCCUCAGUAUUGUUUCUGUAAAGAAAUUAUUUCAUUUAGUGCUUUAUGCACUAACUGCAGUAAUGCAGGGAUUGUAUUGUGUAGUUGGGUGAGUUUAGAACAGUGGGCAGUUACUGCUGUCUGAUCCCUGGUGAUGCAGGUAAUAGUUCAGGGUGUUCCGUGGUGCUGCAUUUUAACAUUUCCACAGUGGCAGUGGUUAUGUGUUACACUGCCUCCUGAACAGGUCAGAACCUGAGCUCUGCUUCCUUUGUUACACCAAAGAACGUGGGGACUGCAAGAUGGAAAGCCGAAGUAUAAGUUACAUGGUGUUUAUAAAUACAAAUUGUUUAUACAAAAAAAGCCUGUCUCUUGUUCUUGCACUAAUCCAUUCCGAAGCAAUAUUUUAGUUUCAAAAUCCAUGUGAUACUGUACUGCAGGGUCUAGAAAAUGCAAAUUAUCUGUGACACACUGUGAGAAAAUGUAUAUUUCUGAGCAUUUUACAGUAGAUUUUGGAGUUUGGCUGCUUGCCUGCUUAACCUCAGCAUGGCAAAAUCUGGUUAAAAGCAUUUUGUUUCUUUAUCAUGUGAGUUAGGAUGUGUUAAAACCCUGUAAUGCCAAGCAGAAAAGUCACAGAAAGGUGAUCAGCCCUGAUGGCAAACAGUAAGUAUCCUUCCAGUGUGUCCAGUCAGUCACACUACACAAAAAUAUGAUCAAACAACAUCAGCAUUGGAAGUGUCAAACAUGUCUAAUUAUUAACUGUUAGAACAAGUAUUAAAGCUAAAAUUUGCUGAAGAGAGGUGCCACUGAGGCUCCAAUUUCUUGCAAAAGAACCUCUUCUACAUAAGAACCUCUGUGCACUUUUCAUUCCUCAUAUAAAUAAUAGAUAACACUGCUUUGUACAAUCUCUGCUUCUGAUACUGGCUAAACUCCACUUUGUAGUAAAAGCACAUUUUGUUUUACUCAAGCAGAAACCAAGCACUUUGUGCCUGAAAACAUUUCUUUUCUCUCCUGUUGAGAUGUUCAUGAAUAAAUCAUCCUUCCUUCCGGACACACAAGGCAUUUUUCUACCUCAAAAAGACAGGGACAGUAAUUAUUUAUUAGGCUCAUUUGCUCUUUUUUUUAAAGGGUUACAUCUAAUUGACUAAGUGGAAACAAAGAAGGGUAUUCCAGAGUUUCACUGCAGAUUUGGGCAGAAUAGGCUUGCAGUAAUAUUGGUUACAGCUUCUGUUAAUAGGCAAUUGUUUGCAAACUGGACACUGCCUGUUACUGUCAGACUCAGCCCUGCUGGAAGUCAGGCUUUUGUUUUCAUCUUUUAUUCUGUGUUUAGUUCCUCAGAUUUUGGCUUUUAUCAAAUAGUUAAGGCACAGACUUCCUAAAUUUGUUCUUGACAAGAGCCAAAUAACAUGACUCAUUGCUUUUCAGUCCUGAUAAUCCUAUUGCUUGGGGUUUUAGCCUUACAUGAACCCACUUUGCUUAAAAUUAUGUACGAUUUGAGGUUGCCUGGCAAGAUUCAGUCUCCCUCUUUUUCUCUUUAUAUUAUAUUUAUAAUGUGUGUGUCUGUUAAGCAUAAUUUUGUCUUUUUGCUUGUUAUUCAAUUUUCAUUUUGUUUUUAUUUGUUCAGUUGAAUUAUGCAAAAUGAGCACUAAGGAGCAUAAUCAUAGGGCUUGUUUUGUACUUGCAUGUAUAUUACGUUGUAUAUUGCAGUUGUAUUAUUAAUGCAACAUGCAUACUUAAUGCUUAAUUCAA